GGUGCUGCAUUGACGCCUGAUUACUUUCGCCAACUCGUCUGCCUUAGAACGCAGAACUUAUUGUUUUUAAUUUUAAGGGUUGUUGAGUUGGAGGAGCCUGGUUGGCAGGAGGAGAUGAUGUGGUCAUUCAUUUGUGUUACGCGACAUGGUUAAUUUAUCUUGACGAAAUAACAGUGCCUCAAAGUCUCAAGAUGUUUGCCCUUCUUUCUGGUCUUUGGAAGUUCAUGUUCAGAAAAGAUGAAUACUAUAUUCUGAUCCUUGGUCUGGACAAUGCAGGCAAAACAACUUUCCUGGAACAAUCUCAAAUGCAGUUUGACAAAAAUUACAAAGGUGGAUCACUGGAAAAAAUCACAACUACAGUUGGAUUAAACAUUGGUAAAAUUGAUAGAGGUCAUGUACGAUUGAAUUUCUGGGAUCUUGGAGGGCAAGAGGAACUGCAGGCUCUGUGGGACAAGUAUUAUGCUGAGUCACAUGGGGUGAUCUAUGUAAUUGAUUCAUCAGAUAAAAGCAGAAUAGAGGAAUCCAGACUAGCAUUUGAUGAGAUGCUUGAACAUGAGACAUUGGCUGGGGUUCCAUUGCUAGUGCUUGUCAAUAAACAAGAUGUUGAUGGAUGUUUGACUGUGGCAACUAUCAAGGAAAUGUUUCAUCAGAGUGUGUCAAAGAUUGGCAAAAGAGAUUGCCAUGUUCAAGCAAUUUCAGCAAAAACAGGAGACGGUAUUUAUGAGUGCAUUGAUUGGAUGAAGAAUAUGGUUGUUCGAAAUUCAAUACGAAGACCACCAACAGAGAAAGAUAUCACAUGAUGAAGGUCAUCCAAUCAGAAUUUAGAUAAAAUUUGUUAUCAACAGAACGUGUUAGAACAAUGUAUUCUUUUAUUUCAAAAUACACUAUCAAUAUCAAGUGUUAUGUACUGAGUGACUCAGAAUAUACUAUCAACAUCAAAAAGUUCUGAUAUACAUUAUGUCAGUUAACAAAUCAAAGAAUAUUUAAUCUAUUGUACAUUUCCUGUAUACUGUUGCAAUGUUUCUGACUUUAGUAUCAGUCAUAUAAUUAAUACAAUUUGCCCUCCAUAUCGGACCAUUGGGACCUGAAAAGGUGGAGUGUUCUCAGGUUUCAGUGUUCUCAGGGUUUGGUCUCCAAUUGGAAGGUUAACUUUGUGUUAAACGAUUGAAGAUUGUUAGGUUGUACUUUUUUUAAUGGUCUUGAAUUAUGUAGGUCAAACUGUACUAUGAAUAGUAUAAAUUGUAAUUUGUUUGAUAAAACAUUAAUAGACUAUGUACAUUUAUCUAUGAUAUUAAGAUAUAUGUAGAUUAAUAAUCUAUGUACAUUAAAUAUAACUGAGAACAUUUUAUAUAUUUAUCUUACUAUAGAUAAUAGUUUACCAUUUUCUUUUGUUUUUUACUUAACCCAUCAGACGAUAUUAAUACUAGGCUUACUUACGAAAAAAGCAUUACACUGGUUACCUUUUGAAAGUUGAAUUAAGUUUGAAGUGUUACUAAUAUUUAAAGUGGUAAUGGAGCUGUGUUAGUCUAAACAAUAUACAAAGAGAAUUAAAUGGCAGCUCUCUGAGACUAACUUGGAUGUUAUUUGUUCAACACAAGCUUUCGCUGGCAGUCAAUGCCAGCUUCAUCAGGUGUGUGAACUAAAAAAUUGAAAACAAAAUAGAAAAGAGCUUAUGUAUACAUAAUUAGCAAUAGUCUCACAAUUAACCAAUUAGCAGUCGGAUACAAUGUAGUAUACGAUGAUCAGAGAUAACAAGUGUAAUCAAGCAACUUACUAUUCUACUAAUAAAUAGAGCUAGGCAGAUAAAUCUGUGCAGUCAUGGAUCUAAUUAUGAACAAUGGAGUCAGUAAGAAACUAAAUAUUAUAGUGGCUAAGAAAGCGUAGAUCUAUAUUUGAGGCCACUAUUAAUGCAAUCAAAUUUAUGAAUAAAUGUUUUGUUCGGCAAUUAA